AUGCCUUCAACAAGAGCGCAAGUCGAGGAAAACAGCGAAGAGCUGAAUAUUCUCUUCACGCAGCUCGUGACGACAGAUCAAGGAGAUCAGGACAGCUUGUUCCCGAAAGGAGCCAGUAGCAAAAAGGGACAGCUCCAGGACAGGAGUACCAGCUCAACUCUGCGCCACAACAAAGAUCAGGCGAACAAAAAGAUGUCUACAUCCCCAGCUGAACAAGUCAACAAAACUAGGCGGACCGAAUCGAACUCAACGACAAACGGCACAUCGUCAGAAUCAGAAGAUGAUUCUAGCGAAGCCAGCAAUCAGUCAGAGAUCGAAACACCGCUACGGCUUGGAACUAUCUCACAGCUGAUCUUACUGUUCGACGGAAAGAUGAUCAACUAUGGAAUAUUUAACUCUCAGUUCGACCAUCUUAUCGACAAUCAACGAUAUCAAGCCAGAGCUGAAGCUACUUGUCAAGCUCUUGUCAUCGAGUCUAGCAGAAGAGCUUUGCCCAACAGAGUUCUCGGAGCAAGAAUACAUCUCGCUUCGGAGACGCUUGGAUCAGCAGUACAGUCCCCAAGCUCAACGGAUUGCCCUGAUUUAGGAACUGAAGAACUUGGAGUUCCCCAGCGACGACUACGAGUUGCUGAUAAGCUCAGUUAA